AUGUCAACUUUCACAGGAGAUGGCAAGUACGUAGCAGAUGGCGGUGCUUAUCUGCAGAAACUCUGGGAAAGCCAUAAAUGGAAAGAGAUCAAGAACUGUCCUGGUCGCUAUGUAUCACCCCGUAACAAACGACUCUCUACUCUAACCCCGACGGAGGUCCUCGAUAGUCUCGUGGACUUCGUCAAUUGGACACCUAAGUCAUUGAAGACUGUCGUUGGUCGCGUUGGAUCUCGUCUUAUAUUUAGAGGAGCUCAUAUUGCAGCUAAUGCGGAGAGGGAUAGUUGCUGGUUUUUCACAUUCUGUGAUGGUGGUGGACUGAUUACCUACGAGAAGGCCGAUGGUAUCUUCGUUCACACGUUGAACACUCAGUCGGGUUUGAUGAGGAAGGUGAAUGCGGUGGCACCUAUCGAGCUUUCUGCAGCACUUCAACUGGGGGCGGCUGGUCAGGAAACCUUCCCUAAGGACAUCACUCCCCAGAUCCCCAUGUAA